AUGGGGCCAUACGGUCAGCCGGGGUCAAAGGGCGAGCCAGGUCAUGAGGGUGAGAUUGGACCAAUUGGCCCUAUGAGUGAGCGGGGAACACCUGGGAACCCUGGGAACGACGGGAUAGGGUUGCCCGGCAAGCACACCGCAACGCUACUGCCGGGUACCAGCUUCGAUCUCGAGACUGGCACAUUCACGUGUAGUGUGUCGGGCACCUACGUGUUCAUGUUUUCUAUGAACAAAUAUCCUUCCAGCAGCUACCUGUACGUCCAGCUCCGGAAGAACGACGACGUGGUUGUCUCUGGCUAUAGCACUGCUUCAAAUCACCAUGAGCCGAUGUCUAGGAGCGCGGUGCUGGUUCUGCAGCAAGGAGACACGGUGUAUCUUACCAUGCACGGUAGGGUGGGUGGUUAUUCCAGUCACGACACCUCAUUUAGCGGCUUCCUCCUUUACCCCGAAUAA